GAGCCUUCCACCAGCUGAAGUUGGUGCUGCAUGUGCGGCUGUAGUGAACCGGGUUGGGGCUGGGGACAUUGUGCCCCCGGCCCCAUGCUCCUCUUGGGUCUACUUCUGUUCUCAGCCCCGUUCCGCCUGUUAGGGGAAGAGACUCGACUGGUGUCUCUCGAGGUCAUCCCUGACCAUUCAGGCCCCCCCGAAAACCUGCUUCACAUCCGGGCAGUGGGCGCCAACUCCACACUGCACUAUGUGUGGAGCAGUCUGGGCCCGCCGGCCGUGGUUCUGGUGGCCACGAACACCCCCGACAGCCUGCUGAGCGUCAACUGGAGCCUGCUGCUCUCCUCUGAGCCUUAUGGCGGCCUGGUGGUGCUCCCUAAGGACAGCAUUCAGUUCUCUUCUGCUGUUGUCUUUACACGGCUGCUUGAAUUUGACAGCACGAAUAUGUCUGACGCGACAGCAGAGCCCCCUGGAAGACCUUAUCCUCCCUACUCCUUGGCUGAGUUCUCCUGGGAUAGCAUCAACAACACGCUGGAUCUUGCCACUCUGAGCGCUACGUUUCAAGGCCGUCCCACGCAUGACCCCACCAAGGCCUUUGCCAAUGGCAGUCUGACCUUCAGGGUUCAGGCCUUCUCCAGAUCCGGCCGGCCAACCCAACCCCCUCGUCUCCUGCACACAGCGGACACCUGCCAGCUAGAGGUGGCGCUGGAUGGGGCCUCUCCCCGGGGAAACCAUUCUCUGUUUGGGUUGGAGGUCGUCACUUUGGGGCCGGCCCCUGACUGCCCCACAAUGAAGGAACAACACUCCAUUGACGAUGAAUAUGCACCUGCUGUCUUCCAGCUGAACCAGCUGCUAUGGGGCGCUGCCCCAUCAGCCUUCGUGCAGUGGCGCCCAGUGGCUUUCUCCCAGAAGCACGGGGGUCGGGAAUCCUCCCUGCCAUGCCAGGCGUCCCCUCUUCACUCCACCUUGGCAUACUCACUCCCUCAGUCACCCAUUGUCCGAGCUUUCUUCGGGUCCCAGAACAACUUUUGUGCCUUCAACCUGACAUUCGGGGCUUCCACAGGUCCUGGCUACUGGGACCAAAACUACCUCAGCUGGUCGAUGCUCCUGGGUGUGGGCACCCCUCCAGUGGACACUUUGUCUCCUCUAGUCCUGGGCAUCAUGGUCGUGGCCCUGGGUGCCCCCUGGCUCCUGCUGCUGGGGGGACUGGUGAUUCUGUUACUGCACCACAAGCGGUAUUCCAAAUACCAGUCCUUAAACUGAGGCCCACUCUCCACAAGGAGGGUUGUUGGCAAGUGCUUCUCCUGCCCCAUUGUGCUUUGGAUCUCUGGAGCUGAAGAGUCAACAUCCCCACCUGGCCCUUCUCUCCCAUCUCGCUUCUCCGCAGAACAAGCAGAGACCAACCUGAACCUCUGGGACCGCUAGUGGUAGGGGUGGGCAGGGCUUCCUUCCUACCUUGGAAUGGGGUCAAAGGCAGUUAUGUCAAAGGGAAGCUCACCCUUGGCGGUACCUCCCUUCCUGUCACCCCCAUUCCUCUCUUAUGGGACUCAACAGGACUGAGCAAAAGGCCUUUUAAAAGGGCUGGCUAGGACCUGGCAUGGUAGCCUAGUGGCUAAAGUCCUCACCUGGAACGUGCCAGGAUCCCAUAUGGGCGCCGGUUCUAAUCCCAGCAGCUCCACUUCCCAUCCAGCUCCCUGCUUGUGGCCUGGGAAAGCAGUUGAGGACGUCCCAAAGCUUUGGGACCCUGCAUCCACAUGGGAGACCUGGAGGAAGUUCCUGGCUCCCGGCUUUGGAUCAACGCAGCAG